UUUUUUAGGGCUCUUCUUCAUCCGAGGAUUUCAAUUUUGCUCGUCAAAUCGCACAGUGAAGGACCCUAAAAUCGAAUUUGGGUGCUCCAUCAAUGGCUUCGAUGCUGGCUCGCAGGUCACUGAGCACUCUCCGUGCUCGACAUCUUGUUUUAUCCGGGCAGGGAUCUCAUCUUUCUGGAUUGCAGUCUCGUGGUAUUUCUUAUGGCAGUAACAAAGAUGAUAGAGAAGCGGAGCAACUUUCUAAGGAAAUUUCCAAGGACUGGAGUACUGUCUUUGAACGGAGCAUAAAUACCUUGUUUCUCACUGAAAUGGUCCGUGGUUUGUCGCUGACCCUCAAGUACUUCUUUGAUCCCAAAGUUACUAUCAAUUAUCCAUUUGAGAAGGGUCCACUGAGCCCUCGCUUCCGUGGUGAGCAUGCUCUUCGAAGAUAUCCUACUGGGGAAGAACGCUGCAUUGCCUGCAAACUCUGUGAAGCUGUAUGUCCAGCACAAGCAAUCACAAUUGAGGCAGAGGAGAGGGAAGAUGGAAGCCGCAGAACAACUAGGUACGAUAUCGACAUGACAAAAUGCAUCUACUGUGGUUUCUGCCAAGAAGCUUGCCCCGUUGAUGCAAUUGUCGAAGGACCUAACUUUGAAUUCGCAACCGAGACACACGAGGAACUUCUCUAUGACAAAGAGAAACUUCUGGAGAAUGGAGAUCGUUGGGAGACCGAGAUUGCUGAGAAUCUGCGGUCAGAGAGUCUCUACCGAUGAACCAUCAUCCUAUAAGUCUUUGCUUCAAAGUUAUUUCCCCCGGAAAACAUUUUGCGUUGCUUCUGUUAGAAAUAAAGCUGAGAUCAUCAUAUAUCCGUGUGAAAAAAAACUCUUUUGUAAUUCCUGCUUUUUUUGUUCUGUCUGUGUAAUUGAAUUGUUUGUACCACCUCCAAACCUGAAGGAAGGAGUUUGUUUCCGACAUGAGUUCCGGUUAA